AAUGCUACAGCGAAAGUGAACAUGAUGAUCCAGAAAUAACAGACACACCACCUCCCCCCUACGCGGUCCAGCCGCCACCUCCUCCUUCGGAUCAGCAGAAGUCCUCCUUCACCUCGACUCUGUCAAGUGAAGCAUCUUGUUCUCUCUCCUCUCCUGAAAGCACUUUCAACUCCCAAGAGUUGUCUUCUUCCUUGACAUCCAAAGGGGUUUAUUCUGAGAGGCAGUCCUGGCUUGACCUAGUUAACAGCUCUGCCACAGAAGAGGGUGAUCAGCCUUUAACUUUCUGCAUACAGAUUCACUCGGAUGAGCCGCCAGAAGUAGACUGUGGAGAAGCAGCAGAAAGCCAGGACGCCUGGCUUUCCAAACCCAGCGGUGGAUCCGAAAACUCUUUUUUAGGUCCGGAUACAUAUUGUCUAGCUGUACCAGAUGCAACGGGCCAGAGAUCACUAGCCAAAGAUCAGGAAAAAUGUGAUGAUGAUGAGAUGGAGCGACUUUACAAGUCAUUAGAACAAGCAAGCCUGUCUCCCAUUGGUGAUCGUCGGCUGUCAACUAAGAAGGAGCUUAGGAAGUCAUUUAUCAAACGCAGCAAAAACCCCUCCAUUAAUGAGAAACUCCACAAAAUUCGAAUGCUGAACAGCACAUUAAAGUGUAAGGAACAUGACCUGGCCACAAUUAACCAGUUGCUAGAGGACCCAAAGUUGACGGCAAUGAAGUACAGAGAGUGGAGGAACACAAACAUCAUGCUGGUCCAAGACAUCUAUCAGCAGCAGGAGAUCCAGGACAUGUCCACAGAGAAUAGUGAGGAGCAAGAGAUGACUCCACAACCUAUUGCUGAAAGUGCUAUCUGA